AUGCAUCUCGCCAUCGAGAAAAUCCUACUUUAUCUUGGUGUUAUUUUCAUAUUCGCUCUAUUCAUUGGUACACAUGCCAUUGAUGCUGAUUACUUCAUUCAAUUGAAUAAUGAUCCAAAUGCACCGGAAUCUGUUCGUUAUAUGGCUAAACGACGAUUUUUACCAACACGGCAUGAAUCAAAUCUAUACAUCAGUGAUGAUGUCAAUGGUCCAAAUGAUGAAGAUGAAUUUCAUUUAAAUGCUAAACGAUAUUUUUUAAAAUCCAAGCGUUACUUUCUUAACAGAAUAAGCGCUCAUCAACAAACAUUCCAUCAAUAUAAACUUUCUGAUGUUAAUCAAUGUAAUCGAAAAGAAAUAGAAGAAAAGUCAUAA